GGAAGGAGGAGCGGGAGGAGGAGGAGGACGACGACGCCGCCAUCGCCAUGAUGAGCGGGGAGCGGGAAAUCCGCCAGCUGACCAAAGCCAAAGCCAAGGCCCAGAGGAGUGGGCAUCUGAAGGAGGAGGCCGCUAUCUGCAACCAGCUUGGAGAGGUCCUAGCCAGUCAUGGGAGUUUCCGGGAGGCCCUGGAAGAGCACCGGCUGGAGUUGCGGCUGCUGGAGAGCGUGGAGGACGUGCUGGGCUGUGCCGUGGCCCACCGCAAGAUUGGAGAGCGACUGGCCGAGCUGGAGGACUACCCGGCGGCUCUGAAGCAUCAGCACCAGCACUUACAGCUAGCCCAGUCCCUGGCCAACUACACGGAACAGCAGAGAGCCUGGGCCACCAUUGGCCGCACCUACCUCUCCGUCUACGACGCCAACCAGUCGGCGGACGCGCUACAGCAGGCCCAGCAGGCCUUUGGAAAAAGCUUGGCCCUGGUGGAGGAGAAACUGGAGGGGGUUGUGGCAUCGCGGGAGCUGAAUGAGAUGCGGAGCCGUCUCUACCUCAACCUGGGGCUGACGUACGACAGCAUGAAGGACCCGGCCAUGUGCAGCUACUACAUCAAGAAGAGCAUCUUCAUCUCAGAGCAGACCCACUUGUAUGAAGACCUGUAUCGGGCCCGCUACAACCUGGGUACCAUCCACUGGCGCAGCGGGGAGCACUCCAAGGCCAUGCGUUACCUGGAAGGGGCCCGGGAGUGUGCCCGGACUAUGAAGGCCAAGUUCAUGGAGAGCGAAUGCUGCGUCGUCAUUGCCCAGGUGCUGCAGGAUUUGGGGGAUUUCGUGGCGGCCAAGCGGGCCCUGAAGAAGGCCUACGCGCUCGGCUCUCAGCAGUCACGGCAGCGGGACUCCAUCCGCCAGAGCCUCAAAUAUGUUUUGAAGGUGGUGCGCCUACAGCAGCAGCUGGAGGAGGCGGUGGGCGGCGACCCGGCCGGUGCCCUGGCCGUCUGUGAGCACCUCGGGGACCUCUUCUCCCGGGCUGGGGAGUUCCCGAAGGCGGCCAAGGCCUACGAGAAGCAGCUACAGUUGGCUGAGUCCCUGGGGCGGCCGCCCGCCGAGCUGGCCGUGAUCCACGUCUCUCUGGCCACCACGUUUGGGGACCUGCGGGACCACGGCCGGGCCGUGCAGCACUACGAGGCGGAGCUGCGGCUGAGACGGGGCAGCCCCGGGGAGGAGGGGCAGACAUGGCUGAACAUUGGCCUUGCCAAGGAGGAGGCGGGUGAAAGCUACGAGGAGUUGGCACCAUGUUUCCAGAGCGCCUUGCGCUGCGCAGAGCAGGCUGGCCUGCCACAGCUGCAGCGGCGGGUCCUUCGCCACCUCCACGCCGUGCAGCUGAGGCGCAGCCACCCGGAAGCCCCCAGCACGGCAGCCCGACUGCAGGAGCUGAGCCGGGCCCAGGGCAGGGGCACAGACAGCGAAGAGGACGGGGAGGACGGGGACCUGGGCGACAGUGAGCCCCUGGGCGACAGCGAGCCCCUGGGCGACAGUGAGCUGGAGCUGUCGGAGAGCGAGCAGGAGGACGGAGAGUGGCAGCAGGAAGAGGAAGAACUGGGGGCCCCAAGUCGCAGGAGGGUGAGCAAGUGGAAUCGCCGCAAUGACAUGGGAGAGACGCUGUUGCACCGGGCCUGCAUUGAAGGGCAACUGUCCCGAGUCCGGGACCUCGUGGGCCAGGGUCACCCCCUGAACCCCCGCGACUACUGUGGCUGGACUCCCCUGCACGAGGCUUGUAAUCAUGGCCACCUUGAGAUCGUGCGCUUCCUGCUGGACCACGGCGCCUGCGUGGAUGACCCCGGCGGACCGGGCUGUGAAGGCAUCACCCCCCUGCACGACGCCCUCAACUGCGGCCAUUUCGAGGUGGCGGAGCUGCUGGUCGAGCGGGGGGCCUCGGUCAGCCAGAGGAACAGCAAGGGCCACAGCCCCCGGGAGACCCUGCAGCAGUGGGUGAAACUGUACGGCAAGGACCUGGACAGGGAGACGAGCCACAAGGCCAAGGCCAUGGAGCAGCUCCUGCUGCAAGCAGCUACAGGACGGCGAGCAACUCAGGGCUCCGUGGCUCACCGCCGCUCCCCAUCCAGCCAGCUGUUCGAUGCAGAGACCUCGCCGCCCGCCAGCCCCCGCCCGCCAGCCCCGCCGGCCUCCUGGCUGACCCCGCCAACCGGCCGAGAGAUGCCCGUCCAGCAGCCGUUAGCCACCUCGCAGGCCAAGCGGCCGGGCGGGACGAGGGCCCGGCGGGGCUGGCGGGAGGGAGAGGAGGACAGCAGCGAGGAGGAAGGCGGGGAGGGUGGCACGAUGCCCACCGGGAAGCACCAGGAACACGUCCCGGGCCAGCGAGCGGCGGCGGAGCCGGGGGGCCGGAGCCCGGAUCAGGCCGUGGGGGCCGGCCGGGGGACCGGUGACGUGGACGGGCCGCGGGAGGUUCAGGCCGUGUACCAUGCGGCCAUCCGAGGCGUGGGCAGUGCCCAGAGCCGCCUCCUGGCCCAGGGCCCGGGGUGGGAGAGCAGGGAGAGGCCCGGGGACCGCCCCGCCCUGAUCCCCGAGGGGGAGUACCUGGAUCGGGACUGGCUGGAGGACGACGUGGGGCCCGGCCGGGCCCGCCGCAAGCGCAGCCGCCUGCUCUCCGGGGCCGACCCCGAGCGGGAGGGCCAAGGCCCCGCCGGGCCCGAGGGCAGUCGGGGGACCGCCCGACCCAGGCCACGGCAGAGGCAGAGCCGGCUCACGCGCGUCGUGGACCGGACCGGAGCCGGGAGGGAGUCUCCCGAGAGCCCCCCGAUCCCUAGGACCCAGGACGUCGACAUGGAGAGCCCCCCGGCAGGGCCACCGUCGGGACCACCCCUCCCUGCCCCAAUCAGAGUUCGGGUCCGUGUGCAAGAUAACGUGUUCCUCAUCCCCGUGCCUCACAGCGACGGCGAGGCUCGGACCGUGUCCUGGCUGGCCGAGCAGGCGUCGCAGCGCUACUACCAGAUGGGCGGCCUGCUGCCUCGCCUCACUCUCAAAAAAGAGGGGGCCCUCCUGGCCUCCCAGGACCUCAUCGCCGACGUCCUGCAGAGCAAUGAGGAGGUGCUGGCCGAGGUGGAGUCCUGGGACCUCCCGCCGCUGACCGAUCGCUACCGCAAGGCCUGCCGCAGCCUGGGGGAAGCGGAGCAUCGGCUGGUCCUGAAGGCCAUGGAGCAGCAGCAGGGCCCAGGCCCCUCGUUCAGUGCCCGCUCCAUGGCCCUGCGCCCGGCCGCGCUGGUCCCCGUCCUGCGCGCCCUCAAGCUCCAGACGUCCAUCCGGGAGCUGCGCCUGACCGGGAACCGCCUCGGGGACGGGAUCGCCGCCGAGCUGGCGGCCACCGUGAGCACCAUGCCCGGCCUGGCCCUCCUGGACCUCUCCGCCAACCACCUCAGCGCCGACGGGCUGCAGCGGCUCGCGGAGGGGCUCCCGGGAAAGACGGCCUUCCAGAGCCUGGAAGAGCUGGACUUGAGCAUGAACCUGCUGGGCGACGGUUGUUCCCCGGUCCUGGCCUCCUUGCUUCAGGCCUGCCCCGUGCUCACCACCCUGCGCCUACAAGCCUGUGGCUUCAGCCCCAAUUUCCUGCAGAGCCACCGGCCUCUGGUGACCAGCGCCUUGCAGGGGGCCGGGCACCUGACGGAGCUCUCGCUGUCGUACAACGCCCUGGGCCCGGCCGCACUGGAGCGGGUACUGAGGAGCCUGCCCCACCGCACCGUCUCCCGGCUGGACCUCGGGGCCGUGGCCGGAGCCCGGAGCGGCGCCGGCCUCGUGGAGCCGGUGGGCAGGUACCUGAUCCAGGAAGGCUGCGCUUUGACCCACCUGGCCCUGCCUGGGAAUCACCUGGAUGACGAGUCGGUGGCGAAGCUGAGCAGGUGUCUCCCGGCCUGUCUGUCCCUGGUCUCGCUGGAUUUGUCUGCCAACCCCGCCGUCAGCAGGGCUGGCCUGGAGACGGUCCUGCUGACGCUUCAGGAGAGGCGCCGGGGCCUGGAUUUCCUCAGCCUGUCAGGCUGCUCCAUCCAAGGGCCACUGGGCAGUGCCACGUGGGACAGGAUCUCCUCAGAGCUGCGGGAGCUCCAGCUGUGUAGCCGCCAGCUAAGCCCAACCGACCAGGAGAACGUCCGCCGCCGCCCGCCCGGCAAGCCGGGUCGUGCCUUCUGCACCGUUACUCAUCACCACAAGCUCUUCCUUAAGGGUCUUUGACCCACCAGCCACUCUCCCCAUCCCUGCAAUCCUGCUUGCUCUAACUGUGGGUGGGUUAAAGCUUCAGGGGCAGCCCAAAGUCAGCAGCCCAUCGCAGAGUGAGUUUUAACCUUCAAUAAAGGACAAUGGGGUUUUUUA